CUUGUCUCCCUCUUUCUUACCACUGCGGUAACAGCAACAUCCGAUGCCCCCCUCUCAACCCUAACCGUCCACCCCGCCUGCCCGAGCACCACACCCUCAGACGUCAUCGUAACCCGCUCCAACGUCCCUGUACCCUCCUGCGCAGCAGGCAACGAGACCAAGCCCCUCAUCAUCAGCAUGGACGGCGACAAGACGGUGACGAUGACGGCGGGCGGAGGCGCAAUGAUGACGCCGAUUAUGAGUUCGAGUGGGAGUCCACCGGAGUUUACUGGUGCGGCGAUGAGGAACAGCGUAGUUGGUGGUGCGGGUGCGAUUGUAGCUAUGUUGGGUGGAGCGGUGGUUGCUGUUGUUGUUUAA